AUCCAACGCAUAUAACAAAACAGAUCAAGAAAAUCAAGACUCAAGUGUUAAAUAAUUGGUUUUCUGUUAAUUCAAUUUUUUGAGUCUGUGACAUAGUGUUAGUUAGUACCUUAGGCUAUAAAUAGCUUACACUAUGUAAAUGAGAGUGUGUUACAUUUAUUUUGGAAUAGUUCUGUUUACUUCUAUUGCAAGUCAUUUGUUUUUCUCCUUCUGCACUCUGUUUUUCCUUUCUAUUCUUUCUUUCUCCUUCCAUUGUGCUUCUGGUUCUUGGUUCAAAGAGAAUAGGAAUGGAUUCUCUCCAUUUUUGUUCCUUAAUUAUUUUAUCAAGCGUGAUUUUUCACCAUAUAUUUUUUAAGCAGGACUAAGAAAAAUACGGGAGGAUCCAUUCCGAAAGAGAACCGAUAAGUAUAGCAAGCAACAAAGUAGCGAAGAGAAUAUUGAAGAAUGAGCAGCAGCGACGGCAAGGUGGUGUGUGUCACCGGAGCUUCCGGUUACAUCGCUUCAUGGAUCGUCAAGUUUCUUCUUAAUCGCGGUUACACUGUCAGGGCCACUGUUCGUGACACAAAUGAUCCGAGAAAGGUAGAGCACUUAACUAAGCUUGAAGGUGCCAAGGAGAGACUACAGCUGUUGAAGGCGAAUCUUCUAGAAGAAGGUUCGUUCGACUCUGCUGUUCAAGGCUGUGAUGGUGUCUUUCAUACAGCAUCUCCCUUUUAUCGUGAUGUCAACGAUCCACAGGCUGAGCUUUUGGAUCCGGCAGUUAAAGGAACCCUCAAUGUUCUUCAAGCAUGUGUUAAAUCUCAGUCGGUGAAGCGCGUAGUUUUAACUUCUUCAAUGGCUGCUGUUACAUUUAAUGGAAGGCCUCUGACUCCUGAAGUAGUAGUUGAUGAGACCUGGUUUUCCGAUCCAGAACUCUGUAAGGAGUCGAAGUCAUGGUACUGGUAUGUGCUUUCAAAGACAUUGGCUGAAGAUGCUGCCUGGAAAUUUGCAAAAGAAAACAACAUCCGGUUGGUCACUAUUAACCCAGCAAUGGUGAUUGGACCUCUUCUGCAACCAGUACUUAACACAAGUGCUGGUGGUGUUUUGAAUGUAAUUAAUGGUGCACAAACAUUUCCAAAUGCUACUUUUGGAUGGGUCAAUGUGAAAGAUGUUGCAAAUGCUCAUAUCCAGGCUUAUGAAAUUCUUUCAGCUAGUGGGAGAUAUUGCAUGGUAGAAAGAGUAGAACAUUUCUCAGGGAUUGUGAAACUUUUACGUGAUUUAUACCCAACAUUACCCCUUCCAGAGAAGUCCGCCGAUGAUAAGCCGUAUGUGCCAACAUAUCAAGUUUCGAAAGAAAAGACAGAGAGCUUGAUACUUGAAUUUAUUCCUUUGGAAGUGAGCCUCAAGGAGACUGUGGAAAGUUUGAAAGAAAAGAAGUUCACCAACUUUUAAUUCAUCAUAUAUUAGUAGAGGAGAAAAUGUUUAGUCAUGAACUUGAUUUUUCUUGCUGAUGCUACAGAAUGAAUGUACUGUUAAAUAAAACUUGAAAUAAAAAUUGAUUAUUGCGUGAA